GAAAAUAGCCUAUUAACAGGAUUACGUUAUUCUAGUUUAAUGUCUGAUUUAUUGAUUGCUUUUAGUCAUGUUAUCCCUACACGCAGUAAUUGUCCAAUAGGUGGCAGCAGUGGCGCUGCACAGAGGAAAAACUGCUACACUGAUUCCUAAGAGAAGAAGACAGAAGAAUCGCGAACAGCAGAACGAUAGUGAGCUGAAGCCCCAUUUAGACUUUCCACAUUGAGAAAAAAAAGUAAAAUAUUACAUUUAAGAGCUAGUCAAACGGGUUUUUCUCACCAAACCUACUUCUAAGGCAGGAAUAAUAGAGCAAAGGGUCGAAAUUACGUCAAGGAGUUUACCUACUUGUGUGAUUUUUCUCCGGUUGGUUUUUUUGGGAUGCAGGAUUAGAGAGAGAGUGUUCCAUUGGACAAAUUCACCAUCGGACACGUGAGGCAGAAGAGCAGAGGGCGUGAGCAUCGUUUGGCCUGCAACACGAACUGCUUCUACUUACCCAUUCUCCAUUGCUUCGUACAGAUAAGCGCGAGAUUCCACCACACUAAAAAAAAAAAAAGCAUACUACCCGGGUAGAUGGACUUUUUGGUUUAUUAUUUUGAGGUUAUUUCAUCAGAGCUCUGAGGGGAUUUUAUUUUAUAUUUUUUUCAAUUUGUGUGAAAAAAUUUAAGACUAAGAGGAAUACUGAUUUCACAACAAAAAAAAGAUAAACAAGGUUAUACUGGUUGAUAUUUGAUGUUCAAUAAAUGCCGGCUAUAUGUUCUGAGUAAACUAUCCUGGUACUUUCAUUUGUCUACUCCUCUUGUGAAAAGUUCCUUAGAAAGGCAGCACUUCACUCUACAUUAUAAAAAGUGCCCCUUACAUAAUUUGGCGAGCCAGCAGCCAGGAGGAGAAAUUAGAUUAAAUUAGUAUUUGUUUACAUUGCCGGUUGAGCCUGAUUGUUGACCCACUGUAACAUAUUUCUAAUGUUAACAUUUUUUUUCAGUUAUCUUUUGUAAAAUUGUCAAAUUCAAUGCAGUCAUGGAUACUGAACAAGAGUAUGGUGUGAAUCUGAAAAGGGCUGUGUACGUUGAGGGUAUUACCACAACUGAUACUGAUGAACAGAUAACUGAGUCCUGUUUAGCUUUUGGGCCUGUGAACAAAGUUCUUAGGGUAAGGCAGACAGGACAAGAGAAUGGAGUUAAAGCUCUAGUUGAGUUUGAGUCUGAGCAAUCAGUCAUAGAUUUAACUCCUAAACUCCCACAAUAUCUACCCAGUGUUAGAGAUCCUAACAUUAUGUGGCGUAUAGAUAGGGCUUAUAAAGCAGCUCCUACUCCUGAGAAAUCCCUACCCACAGUGCGAGCAGAGCUCCUGGACUCAAGUAACAGUUCAAACUCUGAUAGUGAGGCAGAUUCUGAUGACAGUGGGACCCCUUUAGUCCGUAAAGCACACACUAAAUUUUACCCAACCCAACAUGCUUCCCCUACAUUCGCCACUAAAACAAAGAAACAGACAACACAGUCAGCUCAAAUCAACCAAAGAGCCUCAGACAAUGACAUAAUCAAUCCACCUGAUGUUCAGAGGAUCAUUGUGGAGCAUGUUAUUAAAAAUGACAACUCAAAUGCCUCAAGCCAGGGAUCUAAGCGACUUCGUCCUUUUUCAGGCAAACUUCCUAGACCUACAAACGAAGCUGAUUUUCAGACAUGGUCUCUCCAUGUGGAACUUAUGAGUCAGGAUAAAACCCCUGUUGACGUGCAGCGACGUAAAAUCCUAGAAAGCCUGCUUCCACCAGCCUCUGAAUUAAUUAGGCAGCUAGGCCCAGAUGCAGCUCCUCGUGAUUAUGUGAAGCUCCUCGACUCAGCAUAUGGGUUAACAUAA